AACAACUCCACGGAUGUGGUGAAUUGUGGUGAAUGUGAAGCGGGUGAAGUGAGGUACAUACAUCGAUACAUGUAAUUAAAAAAAAUGAUAUGUCCUAAUUAUGACAACACAUCGUUUACGUGAUAAUUAACGAGGAAGCUUCAACUACAUAUUUUGACGGGACUGUUACCCAAAAGAAAUCAUUUAUUAACCGAACAAUCAGUAAGAUGGAGGUAAACAGUAGUAGUAAUAAUGCCAACGAGAAAGAGUUUAAAAAGCUUCGUGGUGGUAAAAAGAAUAAGAAAGAAUUUCCCUUUGACAGCAAGGACAACACAAUUAUGAUAUUAAACUCUCUCCUUAGAUAUGGAGAUGAGAAAGCUCCUUUUAACAUCAUCCCAAAUAUGUCUCUGCAAAAAUACCAAUCUGAAAUGGACUGGGCACUCGAAAUGACAAAGGCUAUUGUCAAGGAUAAACCUUCAAUAGCUCACUGGCUAUAUAGUGGUAUAUUUGAGGAAAAUAAUGAGUUGAUUAUUCCGCUGGCAUUGUUGUGCAUCGCGCGGUACGAGCAACAUCCGUCACCCGAUCGGAAAGAUGUAGAAUGCAAUUUCAAAGAAAUAUACCAGUUUCUUUACCACAUGACACUGAAUCAGCCAAUGUCACAUCUUUCGGAAAAUUCUGCAAAAGUCUUGCACGAAGUAUUAUCAGAAGUAAUAGAAGAAGUGUGGCCGAAUACGCAAUUGGAUCUUCUGAAUUAUCUAGGUGACAUACAUAUGUACAGCAGGUCGGCGGCCAGGAGAAUGUAUCCAGGAAAAAGACUGAACACGAAGAAAGCAGUGGAGAACCAUUCGUCCUAGUCCCAAGGAUUAUAUUAAGUUUCAAAUUUAAUCUUGGCAAUUCAAGUUCCUUGAUUUCGAGUCUUUUGAAGUUUAAAUAUUUCUUUUAGAAACUCCGAAAUAUAUGUAAGAUUCGAAAAUAGAUAAUUACGAUUUUAUAUUAUAAAGUCAAUACUUUAAUAAAAAUUAUACAAUUUA